CGCGCGCAUUCCUACUCUUCCAGAAAUAUGGAGAAUUUUGUGUGAAGAAAAGUGAAGAAAAUCAGCAGUGAAAAUCAAUAUUUUCUCCGUGAAAAUGGCCUCUCUGGACAACACAUUCAUGCGAAGUGCUUCCCCUCAGUUCUCAGAUGACGGAGAUGACAGUGGAAUGGCUACACUGCCCAUUGGAGAUGUUUCCAGCUACCCCCAAAGUACGACCCACACGUACAAUCCGCAGAGAGCAAAUUAUCUUCCGGAAAAGGAAAAGGAUUACCUCAAGGGGCGCAACACCUGUGCCUUCUGGGUACUUGUAAUCCUCCUAAUAAUCCUCACCAUUGGUAAUCUCGCUCUCACACUCACCAUUGUGGGUAUCCUGCGUCUGGGACGAGGGAUGCAAUUCAUGGAGCUCGUUCCAGAAGCUGAUACGGUUAAAUUCUUCGGUACAACGGAUUUGGAUCGUAUCUAUAAGCGUGAUGGGCACCUCGAGGGCUUCACUGAUCUCCCCAUGACAAUCUCCGGAGACUCAGGAGCUGUUCAUGUGAAUCUGGUCAAUCGCAAUGGGCAUGUUCACAAUAAAUUGCACAUGGGGCGCAAUGGGACUCACUUGAGGGGCAUUAAUGUCUUCGAAAUACGCGAUCCUGUGACAAAGGAGUCUAUCUUUACAACAACAAAACCACGAUACAACAUCCCACAGGGUGUGGCGAAUCUCCGAGCUAAUGCUGUGAGUGCAAGUCGCGUUACGAGUUCCCUGGAAGAUCCUUUGAAAGUUCAGACGAAGGGAAAACUCAUUCUGCGCGGAGCGGAAGGCACUGAAAUGGAAAGCAAAGAACUCCUCUGGACGGCUGAUCAGAAUAUCUUCCUAAAGUCAAUCAAUGGUUCAAUUGUUCUCACCGGGAGCGAUGGUGUGUACGUGGAUAUGAAGAACAUCCCAAUUGUGCAGGCGGAGCAUGGAUUGCGUGCUGGGAUGCUGCAAUUCAAGGUGUGUGUCUGCAUGCCACAGGGAAAGCUCUUCCGGGUGCCCAUCCCGCGGAAUCACAAUGGAAAAGGGAGCUGUGUGCACUUCAAUCCUCGUCAUGAUCCCUGCGCCUGAACAUCAUUCCAGGCAACAACACACUGCAGCAUUAGUAGCUUCCAGUAGGCGUGUAAACGCACCCAGCAAUACUCAUCAUAUCGUCAUGUAGCAUAAAAAUUGUCUAUUGCAUUGAUUUAUGCUUUAAAAAUGUAUUACAUUGAGAAAAUAAAAUCGAAUUAAAGGAUAAAAA